AUGGAAAAUGCUACGAAAAGCUUACUAUUAAUAUUGUUGUUGUUAUUGGUAUGUUCGUUAACUCUAAAUGUGGUGUUUAUAUUUAAGAGAGUUUUUGAUGAUGAAAGUGAGCUGAGUUGGAGUAUAAGAGCUGCAAAGGAAGCUGAAGGAGUGGCAACCAUCUCAUGCUCUGGGCAUGGAAGAGCCUACAUUGAUAGCAGCUUGGUUGUUGUUGAUCAAGAAGAAGGACCUGUUUGUGAGUGCAAUUCUUGCUAUGCUGGCUCUCACUGUCAGAACUUUCUUCCUUCUUGCCCUGCUGAUGCCGAUCGUGGAGAUCCAUUAUUCUUGGAGCCAUUUUGGAUGAAAAAUGCAGGUAGCAGUGCAAUCUUGGUGGCUGGUUGGCACCGAAUGAGCUAUACCUUCAACCAUUCAAGUUUCAUGUCCAAACAACUCGAAGCUCGCAUUCGCCAUUUGCAUGCCAUUGUUGGAAAUGCAGUGACUGAGGGAAAGUACAUCAUUUUUGGCUCUGGCUCAACACAACUUAUCAAUGCUGCUAUUCAUGCUCUUUCAACUCAUCAUAAUUCCUCUUCUCCUUCUAAAAUUGUAGCUUCAAUCCCUUUUUUCCCUCUUUACAAACAACAAACAGAGUUUUUCCAAGAGGUGGAUUACAAGUUUGAAGAUGAUGCAUCUUUGUGGAUGAACAGGAUGAACAACUACUCCAAUGAUAACAAUACCAAUCUAAUUGAAAUAGUCACCUCACCGAACAAUCCUGAUGGGCAACUCAAUCGUGCUCGUCUUCAACACCCAAAUGCCAAAGCCAUAUACGAUCGAGUCUAUUAUUGGCCACAUUUCACUGCAAUUUCAGCUCCGGCUGAUGAUGAUAUCAUGCUAUUUUCACUUUCCAAGCUAACUGGUCAUGCAUGCAGUAGAUUUGGAUGGGCAGUGGUAAAGGAUAAGACUGUGUUCACAAAAAUGGAUAGAUACUUAUCUAUGAAUACCAUGGGAGUUUCACAGGAGUCUCAGCUAAGAGCUAUAAAGCUUAUAAAGAUAGUUAUAGAAGGAAAAGAAGGGGAGACAUUAUUUGACUUUGGAUAUAAAACGUUGAACCAUCGUUGGAAAAUUUUGAAUGAGAUCAUAUCAGUCUCGAAACGAUUUUCCCUCCAGAAAAUAGAAUCUCAAUCAUGUAACUUCUUCAACAAAAUUAAGAGACCUUCACCAGCUUAUGCGUGGUUGAAGUGUCUGAGAAAAGAAGAAAAAGACUGCUAUGCAGUUCUCACAGCAGCAAAUAUAAUUGGUCGUACAGGUAGCGCUUACGGCGCUGAAGAUCAGUACGUACGACUUAGCCUCAUAAGGACCCAAGAUGAUUUUGAUCAACUAGUCCACCACUUGAAGAUUUUAAUAUCAGAAGAAGGCAGUGCCAAAUCUAUUUGA